CCACCGAGCUCAACUUGGCCCUCCACCCAACCCCAUGGCGGACGCCCAAGCCAAAUCACUCUCUCAGCUGCUACUAGUCUACUACUGCUACUAUAUAAACACGCAUGGCGAUCAAAACCUCGCAUCAGUUGCAGAGUGGUAGUAGAUCACCAAGUCGUUGUAGCGAACCACGCUCCUGUCAGUAGGAAGCCAUGUCGCUACACCGCAGCUCGGCGGCUGCGCUCGCGGCGCUGCUGGCACUGGGGGUGCUGCUGGGCAGUACGGCGGCCGACGAUGGCGGCCAGCCCAUCGUGGCCCGCGUCAGCAAGGACGCCUCCACCUCCCUCUACAACAUCGCCAUCAAGGUCGGCGGGGUGCCGCUCCUCCUCGACCUCGCCGGCCCCAUGCUCUGGCUCGCCAACUGCCCGUCCCCGCACCGCAUCGUUCCCUGUGUCUCCCCCGUCUGCGACGAGGUGUCCACUACGUACCGCCCGCCCGGCUGCCCCAAGCCCGGCCUGCGCGGAGAAGGGCAGUGCGCCUGCCCCGCCUACCCGCGCAACCCGGUCGACGGGCGCUGCCGCUCCGACGACGCCACCACCAUCACGCUCGCCGCCAGCACCACGGACGGCCAGAACCCUAUCUUCCCCGUCACGUUCCGCGCCGUCGGGUCCUGCGCGCCUGGGGAGCUGCUGGAGUCGCUCCCGGCAGGAGUGGCCGGCGUCGCGGGCUUCUCGAGGCUGCCGCUGUCGCUGCCGACCCAGUUCGCGUCCUUGCUCAAGGUGGCGAACGAGUUCGCGUUGUGCCUGCCCAGCGGCGGCAGCGACGGCGUGGCAGUCUUCGGCGGCGGCCCGUUCCAGCUCCUGGCCGCGCCGCCCGUGGAGCUCGCCGGGCGCCUCCGCGAGAACCCGCUUCCGCUCCUCAAGCACCCCUACAACGGCGGCUACUACUUCAACAUCACCGGCAUCGCAGUUAACCAACAGCUCGUGCCCACGCCGCCCGGCGUCUUCGACCUCGACGCCAGCAGCGGCACGGGCGGCGCCGUCUUCAGCACCGUGACUCCCUACACCGCGCUCCGCUGGGACAUCUACUGGCCGCUCCGCAACGCGUUCGACGCGGCGACGAGCGGCAUCGCGCGCGCGGACAAGGUGGAGCCGUUCGACCUGUGCUACCAGGCGUCCGCGCUGACCGUGACCCGGGUGGGCUACGGCGUGGCCAACAUCGAGCUGAUGCUGGACGGUGGCCGGAACUGGACGCUGCCCGGCGCCAGCUCGCUCGUGCAGGUGAACAACCAGACCGUGUGCUUCGCGUUCGUCCAGAUGGCGUCGUCGUCGUCCAUGCCCGCGGCGCUCGACUCGCCGGCGGUGAUCCUCGGUGGGCACCAGAUGGAGAACAACCUGCUGAUGUUCGAUCUCGUGAAGGAGACGUUCGCGUUCAGUGGGCUGCUCCUCGGCAUCCGCACUACCUGCAGCAACUUCAACUUCACCAUGGGGAGUUCUUAUUAGAAGACUGUCACGUCCUGGUUUUGCGAAUGCAGCGUUUUCGUUCCAAUACUUCUGGUGGAACGAAUGUACCGUUGCAGUGUUGCGUAUGUGACGAGAAUAAAAUUGGAUACUGAUAUA